ACAAUGAAAGAGAUCAAUUUGAUAAUGGCUAUCUGCGUUCGCUUCGUAUAUUAGCAAAUGCUAUCCAAAUGUCCGUUGGCUUCCUAGUUUUGUCUAAUAUAUCAAAUAUCUUGUUUAUAUUCGCUUUGAAAGAGCGCGUUGAUACAGAUAUACCAUCUUAUCUGAUUCUGUCCACAAUUUUUCAUUCGAUAGCUUGGAUCAUCAAUUAUUAUUUUGUUUUGCAUGAAAAGAACAAUCAGCAAAAAUGGAGUCAUUAUACUCAAGGAUUUUGGUAUUUAGCUUUCAUUCUCGCGAACAUUGAGCUUUAUAAUAGAUUGAUGUAUUUUGUCGAACCACAUGAUGAUGAUCCCAGUGAUUGGACGCAAAGCUUGAUAUUGAUGUCUAUAUACAUUAUACGAUAUAUUGUCAAUUUUAUUUUGGUUAUAUGUGCCGUAACGCUGACGAUUAAACAUAGAAGAUAUUAUGAAGCGCAAGGGUAUAGGAGUAUAAGCGUUAACGAGGACGUAGGGAUGGAUGAUGAUCAAACAGUUAACGAAAGUGACCCGAUAGAUACUCCAGAUGCCGAGACACCAAUUUUUCGAAGUCCUAUCUCAAUGGCUGAUAAUCCUAAAUAUGCACCACCUCAUAGCAUUGGAGACUUUUUAUCUAAAUCUAAGAAGCUAUUACCAUUCCUUUGGCCAGCACAUGACGUAAAAUUACAAGCCCUAAUCGUUAUUUGCGUGUUACUUUUGAUUGUGGGUCGCAUCGUCAAUGCACUACUUCCAUAUCAAAAUAAAGUGCUUAUAGAUCGAUUGACGGCUGGUGAAACAAUAUGGAAAGAAAUAUUGAUUUUUGUGGGUUUAAGGUUUUUGCAGGGUGAGGUGGGAAUAGUAAAGACAAUCCAAAGUCUUUUAUGGAUUCCUGUUGGACAGUUUACAACAAGAGAGAUUUCUGUAAAAAUGUUUGAUCAUUUGUUGAGUCUAUCAUUACGAUUUCAUCAUAACCGUAAAACUGGUGAAAUAUUGCGCGUCCAAGAUCGAGGUGUUUCUUCCAUAGUUUCUAUCCUUUCUUCUAUUCUCUUUAAUAUCAUCCCAACUCUUGUUGAUAUUACCAUUGCUAUAAUUUACUUUACUUUGGCAUUCGACCUCUUUUUUGGAAUGAUUGUGUUUGUAACCAUGUCCUUGUACAUAAUUAGUACUAUUAUUAUGACUGAAUGGAGGACAAAGUAUAGAAGGUUAACUAAUCAAUUAGAUAAUGUAAUGGAAGCUAAGGCAGUCGAUUCAUUAUUAAAUUACGAGACGGUUAAAUUGUAUGCUGCAGAGCCUUUUGAAGGUAAUUUAUUAUUAUUUUACAUAACGUUGUCUAUGUGUCUUGUGUUUACUGACAUUGAAUGGUUACUAGUGGAUCAAUAUACGCGUGCGAUCCUCGACUAUCAAAUGGCUGAUCUGAAGUCCAACAUGACAUUGUAUAUUCUCAAUACUGCGCAGAAUGUGACUAUUCAAUUUGGACUUCUAGCUGGGCUGUUAUUAUGUGCAACUCGAAUUUCCAAAAAUGAGAUGUCGAUUGGAGAUUUCGCUAUGUACCUUUCCUACAUAUUGCAACUUUAUGCACCUCUUAAUUGGUUCGGGAAUUACUAUCGCGUGAUUCAAAAAAAUUUCGUUGAUAUGGAAAAGAUGCUUGAUCUUCUCCAAGAACCACCAGAAAUUAAAGAUUUACCCAAUGCUGCACCUUUAGUUGUAAAAAAGGGGGAUGUCGUUUUCGAUAAUGUAUCCUUUAGUUAUGAUUCAAAAGUUCCAACUCUAAAGAACAUUUCAUUUUCUAUUCCGAGCGGUUAUACUGUUGCUUUGGUGGGUCCAUCGGGAGGUGGAAAAUCAACAAUUUUGCGUUUACUUUUUCGAUUCUACGACGUACAGACAGGGCGUAUUCUUGUUGAUGGGCAAGAUAUUCGUCAUGUCAAGCAACGUGAUUUGAGAAACUGUAUAGGUGUCGUUCCUCAGGACACAGUUUUAUUUAACGAUACGAUCAAAUAUAAUAUCCGUUAUAGUAAAAUUGGAGCUACUGAUAAACAAGUUGAAGAAGCUGCCAGUGCGGCUCAAAUUCAUGAUAAAAUAUUAGGAUUUUCUGAAGGGUACGAAACUAGAGUUGGGGAGAGAGGUUUAAGACUUUCAGGCGGCGAGAAACAACGAGUUGUAACGCACCGUCUUUCGACUAUAGUCCAUGCAGACCAGAUACUCGUUUUACAAGAAGGGGAAAUUGUUGAAAGAGGAUCGCAUCUUGAAUUGAUGCAAGAAGAAGGUAUCUAUUAUAAGCUUUGGAAUAAGCAAUUAAAACAUCAUGAAAAGAUCAAAAAGGAGGCUGAAAACCAACAGAACAUUGUAAACGCCACUGAUACUGUAACUACAGCCGUUAACAUACCCGAAAUCUCAAAUAUUGACGCAAGUGUUAGUAUUACCAAGCAUGGAACUGAUGAUAUAAUUUCAAACGAAAUUGUCAGCUUUGCUGAGGAAGAGGGGAUAGACGGUGAUGAUGAAAGACAUACAACUGCGCAUGAAAGCAGUGAUGAAGAUGGCAAUGAAGAUGGUGCUUAA